AUGGUUUUGAAGGAUGGGAAAGAGGGUACUGACUUGAUGGAUACAGGAAUUUUAUGCUUUAGUGAGUUGUUUUACGUGAGAGAGCCUCAGGAUGUAACUGUUUUGAGAAAGGACUCUGUGACAUUAGAUUGUCAGGCCCGCGGUGAAGGUCCCGUCACCAUAUUGUGGCUGAAAAAUGGAGUAAAGAUUUCAGAAAAUGAUCGGGUCUACACACUGGCAAACAGCUCUCUGCACAUCAGUGAAGUGGAAGUAAGACGAGGUGACAGAACAGAUGAAGGAUUUUACCAGUGUCUAGCCCAAAACAAAUACGGGGCAAUUUUAAGUCGGAAAGCCCGUCUUGCCAUAGCAAGUAUGUCUUCCUUUGAAAUGCAACCAACUUCUACAGUUGUACAAGAGGGUGGAGUGGCACGGUUCAUCUGUAGGAUAUAUGCAAACCCCCCACCUGUCAUAACAUGGGAAUUCAAUCGAACAGCACUGCCACUGGCCAUUGACAGGAUAGCAGUCUUAUCCACAGGAGUUCUUCAGAUAUAUGGUGUAAAGAAAAGUGAUGCUGGAUAUUACCGCUGUGUUGCCACCAAUACGGCAAACCGACGGCGAAGUGAAGAGGCAAUAAUGACUGUUAACUCAGCCCCAGAGCCAAAGCCUUUGCAGAAGCCAAUCAUUUUAGUGGGACCUCAAAAUAUUACGGCCUCAUUGCAUCAGACUGUGAUUCUGGAGUGUGUCGCCACUGGCAACCCAAAACCCAUCAUUUCCUGGAGUCGUUUGGAUCACAAGUCUAUAGAUGUGUUCAACACUCGAGUCAUUGGAAAUGGAAACUUGAUGAUCUCAGACGUGAAGGUGCAUCAUGCGGGAAUUUAUGCAUGCCGUGCCACAACUCCGGGUACUCGCAACUUCACCGUUUCCAUGGCUUCUCUUACUGUGCUGGCUCCACCUGCAUUUGUUGAGUGGCCAGACAGUUUGACAAGACCCAGGGCUGGCACUGCCCGCUUUGUGUGUCAGGCUGAAGGAAUUCCUUCACCUAAGGUCACGUGGAUGAAGAAUGGAGAGAAAGUGCAUUCCAAUGGUAGAAUUAAAAUGUACAACAGCAAACUGGUGAUAAACCAGAUUAUUCCCGAAGACGAUGCAAUAUAUCAGUGCCUGGCUGAAAAUGACCAGGGAUCCAUUUUGUCUAUGGCCAGAUUGAUUGUGGUGAUGUCUGAGGAUAGGCCCAGUGCUCCUCGAAAUAUUCGAGCCGAAACAGUGUCCAGUUCUGCUAUCUUGCUGGCUUGGGAAAGGCCACUGUACAACUCUGAGAAAGUUAUUGCUUACUCCAUCCAUUACAUGAAAGCAGAAGGUUUAAACAAUGAAGAAUAUCAAGUAGUUAUAGGGAAUGACACAACUCGCUACAUUGUCGAUGAUCUGGAACCUGCAAGCAAUUACACAUUUUACAUUGUGGCGUACAUGCCCAUGGGAGCUAGUCGAAUGUCAGAUCAUGUUGUUCAGCACACACUGGAGGAUGUUCCACUGAGACCACCUGAACUAAGUCUAACAAGUCGCAGUCCAACAGACAUGUUGGUUUCCUGGCUUCCAAUCCCAACUAAGUUUCGAAGAGGUCAUAUUGUGUCCUAUCGCAUCUUUUACCGCAGCAGUUCAGAAGGGUCCAUUCACACAUUAGAGCUCCCAGGGUCACAGAAUAAGCACCUCCUUGAACAUCUGCAACCUGACAGUACUUAUCUGGUCCGCAUUGCAGCAGCAACGCGAGUUGGUUGGGGAGAACCUUCUCCAUGGACUUCACACAAGACACCAAAGGCCAACAAUGCAAAAGUGCCACUGGCUCCAGGUUUACAUCUGACCCCACUGAACUGUACAACCAUCACGGUGAGGUGGCAGCUGGCUCCAGAAAAUACGGCAAACAUUCAAGGGUACAAGCUAUACUACAGGGAAGAAAGUCGGCAGGAGAGUGCACCCGUCUUCUUGAGCUGGAAGGAUUCUUAUCACACAAUUGGCGGUCUAGAUCCCAGAAGAAAGUACCAUGUAAGGAUUUUGGCAUACAAUUCCUUAGGAGACGGUUAUCAAGCUGACCAGACAGUAAGCACACCCGGAUGUGUUUCUGUUCGUGAUCGAAUGGAACCACCUCCGCCUCCUCCUCAUCACUUACACACUAAAGCAAACAGUUCUUCCUCCAUUUACCUUAAAUGGGGGAAGCCUGCUUUCACAGCUGCACAGACUGUGAACUACACCAUUCGCUGCAACCCUGUUGGUCUUCAGAAUGCUUCUUUGGUUAUGUAUCUUCAGACGUCUGAUGUUCAGAUGUUGGUGCAAGGUUUGGAACCAAAUACCAAGUAUGAGUUUGCUGUUCGGCUACAUGUGGACCACCUUUCCAGCCCCUGGAGUCCUGUGGUUUACCAGACCACACUUCCUGAAGCCCCUUCCAGUCCUCCAACCAAUGUAAAAGUGACACUAAUUGAGGAAAACACAGCUCUGGUAUCCUGGAAGCCUCCUGAUGAAACCCAAGUUUCUGUUACUCGCUACACUAUCCUGUAUGCAUCCAGAAAAGACUGGAUUGCUGGACAGUGGCAUAUGCUUCAUAGAGAAGGAUCAAUUACCAUGGCUUUGCUAGAGAAUCUUCUUCCUGGAAACGUUUAUCUUGUGCAAGUGUCUGCAUCCAAUGAAGUCGGAGAUGGACCCUUCUCAAAGGCAGUGGAACUUGCUGUUGUGCCCAAGGAGAAUAUUCAAUCUGGACAAAGUCCCAAACUCUCAGAUGCGCGUAACAGUGAAGAUACCAAUGCCUUUUCUGCUGGCUAUUAUAAUCUGGAUCAGAACUCAAUGACUGGGAUUAUCGUUGGGGUCUGCAUUGCGUUGACUUGUAUUCUCAUCUGCAUUCUUAUCCUGAUUUAUCGAGGAAAAGCUAGGAAGCUGUCCAGCAUCAAAGUAGUACAAGAAAAUGGCCAGUUACAUUCACCAGCUGAAUGUCCAAACAGAAAUCAGUUGAGGAAGACCAACGUCAGACAGUCAGAAAAUGGAGAAUCCCUUGUGCCAAUGAUUGCAGAAAGUAACCAUCUUGAUACAAAGGGUGGAACUGAUCUUAUCAUUAACAAUUAUGGUCCUGUUACAAACAAUUACAACAGCUCCAGGAAAAAGUGGCUUAUUUUUAAGGGCUUGAAAACAAAGAAGGAACAACCACAAAGAAAAAAUGUACUUGCUGGAUUCUUAUAUCAACCUGGUAGAACAAUGUUAUCCACAAAUGAUGAGUCUCCUGUUUCACCUGAAGGACUGACCUCUAUUGAAAUGGUGUUUAGUACCAGAGCAGACACAGAAUAUUCUCAUAACAGUGAAGGAAGCCAAGAAACCGGAGACUCAGGGCGAUAUUCCCAUGAUUCUAAUGAUGAGACAGACAUGGUUCAUCUUUCUACCGUAACUACCACUGCAAAAUCUACCUCCAGGUAUCUCGUGCAGACAGAUGUAGCUAUGAUUAAUGAGUGGCCUACCUGUGAAGAACACCCCACCUCACUGGCUAUUAUACAGAACUCUGCCUGUGCUCUGUCAGAAGAGCCAUCCAUCCCAGUUAUUGCCAAGGUGGAAUUUCCAGUAUAAAAGGCUGUACUGUGCUUGAACAUAGUGCUUCUGUUUGACAAACAGAGAAGAAUGAGCCAAAGAUUGUUCUAAAAUGUGGACUGAUUUUAACACUCCAUGUUCUUAUUCUUUUUUGUUGUUGUUUCUAACUCACCCAUGUUGAAUGUUUCAAGUCAAAAAUGUGAAAGAACUGGUACAUUUCUGACAGAACCAAAAAAAGUAUGUAUCACUGGA